GUUCAAAAUGGCGGCAGAAUUAAGCGUCCUUAGAGAUCUUCAAGCUCGGAUAAAAAAUGCCAAAAUUCCACAUGAAAAACUUUCAACUCUGGCCUUGCAGGGAGACGAAGAGCUUGUGAGAGAAUUUUUAACUGAAUCGGUGAAAAUAGAUGGCAAUGGACCAACAUCAUUAAACAGUCAACUUUAUAUAGCCUGUUUUUGGGGAUUGAAAGAUAUUGUUGAAAAAAUACUACAAUUUGAUAUCGAUUGUAAUCUGCAGAAUCCAGCAUCAAGAUGGACCCCACUUCAUGCUGCCACAUUUCAAGAAACAGGACCUAUUGUGAUGCUGUUGUUACAAAAUGGCGCUGAUCCCAAUCUAGAAGAUACAGAGGGAAGAACACCAAAAGACUUUGCGUCUGCCUCUGAUAAAAUAUGGCCACAUUUUGCCAUGUUGGGUUUAAAACGAACAUCCAGGAUAGAACUUUACGAGAAAAAAGUUCUUAAAAGAGGUGCAUCUGGUAACCAAAGAAACCGAGAAUUUACCAAUAGCAUUAAAAUGAGUUCGUCAAAUCGUCCAGAAUCACCAUAUGCUAUAAACAGUGAUCCAUUUGUAGCUGCAGCAGCUACGGGAGAUGUUCUAGCUGAUGUUGACAAUCAUCAAGACCGGUCAACAAAACCAAACUUUAAUAUGUGGAAAUAAGUUAAGGGGAGGAGCUUAGCCUGGGUCAGGGUCAAAGAAAUUGUGCCAGUCAUUAUUUUGGGGAGGAGCCAAUACAGUAUAUGCCAAUCAAUUGAACCUCCCUCAACUGCUAAUUGAACUCAUCCGCACAUGUAUUUCAUCAUCAAAGUCAGGCAAAGAAAUUUAUGGGAAUCAUUUCCAAAAGAGCAGUUUAUUUUAAUCCAGGUAGAACAUGUGUAUAAAAAAUAUCUUUGUCUUACCUGAGACCUGUUUUUCUGACUCUUGCAGGCCAGCAUCCGUCACAAAGAUGUACCAAUAUCUAUAUUUCAAUUGCAUUUUCCUUGCCAAAAUUUUUUUUCCCAAAAGUGCCAAUUUUAAAACUUUUUGCCACAUGGUAUAUACAUUAUUUUUUUUUUAAAUUUUGUUAUUUUUAUUGAACCAAUAAAUUAAUUUUUGUAUUUC